ACCUUUGUUCUCUCGACGUUCCAGUCUCCACUUGGGUUUCUAGGAAACUUCAGGUGGGCACCAUGUGCUCGCUUUCUUGAUCAUGGCGAAUCGUUUUCUUGAUGCAAUCUGUGGGUUUUGUGAGUCCACAAUCUGCACAGAGCGCGCGAGUUAAUGUGCUCGUGCCUCUAAUUUGCGACUGUAAUCUCAUCAAUGUGUGAACGUAUUGGGAACAAUGCGAACUCAAACAAGUAAAAGCCAACUCUGAUUCAGCUUGUCUCUGCGUGACGCCUCUGAAUUGUGAUUGAUCUUGUGGUUCAGUUGAAAGUAAGAUAAGAUGGGUAAUCUACUCUGCUGCAUUCAAGUUGACCAAUCCACCGUAGCUAUUAAGGAGAGAUUUGGCAAGUUUGAAGAAGUAAUGGAACCUGGGUGCCAUUGUCUUCCUUGGUUUCUUGGAAGUAAGCUCGCUGGCAAUCUCUCACUCCGAUUGCAGCAGUUGGAUGUAAAAUGUGAAACUAAGACCAAGGACAAUGUUUUCGUUAAUGUUGUUGCAUCUGUGCAAUAUCGAGCCCUUGCAGGCAAAGCAAAUGAUGCCUUUUACAAGCUCAGCAACACAAGGAGUCAGAUCCAGGCCUACGUGUUCGAUGUGAUCAGAGCUAGUGUUCCAAAGCUAAACUUGGAUGACGCUUUUGAGCAGAAGAAUGAAAUUGCCAAAGCUGUCGAAGAUGAACUUGAAAAGGCCAUGUCGGCCUAUGGAUACGAAAUUGUGCAAACCUUGAUCGUUGACAUUGAACCGGAUGAGCGUGUUAAGCGAGCUAUGAAUGAAAUCAAUGCAGCUGCAAGAAUGAGGGUUGCAGCAAACGAGAAGGCUGAAGCGGAGAAAAUUCUGCAAAUCAAGAGAGCUGAAGGCGAGGCCGAGUCCAAGUACCUUUCUGGGCUGGGUAUUGCUCGCCAGCGUCAGGCCAUUGUGGAUGGUUUAAGGGAUAGUGUCCUUGGCUUCUCAGAGAAUGUCCCGGGAACAACUGCAAAGGAUGUCAUGGACAUGGUUCUCGUGACUCAAUACUUUGACACCAUGAAGGAAAUCGGCGCGGCAUCAAAAUCUUCUGCCGUGUUCAUUCCCCAUGGUCCCGGUGCAAUCCGUGAUGUGGCCACCCAGAUCCGUGAUGGUCUUCUCCAAGCGUCGACACAGUGAUUGUGAUAGUAUAAGUCUGUUUUGGCCUCUAAAUAAUUGAGAUAUGAACUGUUCUGUCUCAGCCAGUGUAGAUAUUUGCUUCAGAGUGCUAGAAACUACCAUGUUUAUAGGAUGAUCUAUGCUUUUACAUUUGGUUCUUAUAUCUGAGAAUUUGGUACUGCAAAUAUGCAUCUUAAUCUAUGAUCUACUUAAGAUGUUAGCUCUUCCAUUUC